GCUUCAAAUUAUCCCAUUUUCCAUAGUAUUAUAAUGCCCAACUUUGAUCUUUUGUAUCCUCUGAUGGAUGGUUUUGAACCCUACCACUUCUCAUUCCAAUAGUUUCAAAAUUAUCUUUAAUUAAUCAAAAUGCAAGCUAUAAUAAACCCAAAAAACAAGAAUAAUAACCCAAGAGGUUUUCAAAGAAACCAAAUGCAAACUUGCAACCUUUUGUCGAUCGCAAGGUGUUUCAAUGGAUGUCGAGAUCAUACUCAAGUGUCGGGGUUUGGGACAAGGGUUUGGAACCUUAGUGAUAGACCCGUUGAGCUACAAAUAAGGGUGGGAUCGAUUUUGAAAAAAGUUCAUACGCUUAAGCCUGGUUCGUCAAAGAGGUUAAAAAGCAAGAAGAUUUAUAAGGCUUAUGUUCCUGGUGGUGGCAAUCAUAGCAAAAAUGGCAAAAAUAAUUGCAGUGGUGGUGGAGAUAGGAGUUUCUUGUAUUACUAUGACGAAACAUGUCAUCCAUACAUUUGGAUACAUGACACUUCAGGUGACUUUUCAAGAAUGGUGAGACAACAAUACAUUAGUCUUGAAGAUCUAAGAGAUUGUUGUGAGAUCAAGAUCUUUAGGGAUCAUCUAAAAGGCUCCAUAUCUAUAAGAAAGAAGCCUAGACCCGACUUUUGCUGAUUUCUAUUUUUUGUUGUUUGUACUUUUUCUUUCUUUUAUUUUAGUACGAUAUGAAUAUGAAUGAAGAUAUAUUCUUGUUAAAUGUGUUCGAUCAUCAAAAGUUGUCUCGUUUGAUCGAUCAUGAAUUGCUAGUAAGUUUAUUGUAUGCUUUUUCUUUUA